CAGUGUGUACCCGGAAGUCGGAGUCGUGAAUGCGGGGAAAAGAUUGAAGAGGAUUUUAUUUAGUACUGUAUUUAUCACAACACGAAACCUCGUCAGGAAUGCUUCUGGGUCGUUGUUUUAACGCGAUUCUUUUGGACGGUUUUCAGGGCAGGAGUAAAAACAUUUCGUAUUUGUUUGCCUUUGACAGAAGAGUGGACAGAAGAUACAUGACCCGCUCUCUCAGUGUUAUUGCUCCUGGAGCAAGGUGCUGGCGCGUGCACUCUGCUUUUCACAGAAUAUUGGCAUUAAGGCAUGACCAGGGGGAAACUGUGUACACGACUGCAAAUAAAUGUGGGACAGAUCCUGCUUCGCUUUGGAAAGGUGUGCGGUGGUCAGUGAUCAGAGAAUUGAGCACCUCCGUUAAAGUGAUGCAGUAUGACUUGACUAGAUCAGACCUUGCAAAAUAUGGCCACAGAACACUUCUCUUUGAUACACAUGCAAUGGUCCAACUCCUGGAAGAGAGAGGGUUCACAAUCCAGCAGGCUGAGGUUAUUGUUAAAGUACUACUCAAUACAACCAACACCAACAUGGACAUCAUGUAUAGUGAUAUGAUCACCAAGACACAGCAAGAGAUCAUGUUACAGAAGAUUAUGUCUCACAUUGCAGCAGUAAAGAAAGACAUGAUCAUUUUGGAGAAAAGUGAAUUUUCCGCAUUGCUGGCAGAGAACGACAGAAUUAAAGUAGAACUUGCACAAGUGAAAGUGCAGCUCUCUGAUAUGUUGGAUAAAGUUCGCUUAGACAGCAAGCUGGAUGUGAACACGGAAAAGAGCCGGGUGAAAGAGAAGAGAGCAGAGCACGAAAAGAAGAUUCUGGAGGCCAGAAACCACAUGAUGGAAAUGCUUGCAGAUCAGGACCGCCUUGUGACUCAGAGUAAUAUGAAAAUCGAUACUGAAGUGGCUGGCCUGAAAACCUUGCUGGAAUCUCACAAACUGGACAGUAUCAAAUAUCUAGCAGGCUCGGUGUUCACGUGUCUCACGGUAGUUCUCGGAUUCUUUCGAAUAUGGAUGUGAAUGCAGAGGAAUCUCCGCAAAACUAUACCCAAUAUAUCCCUUGAAAUUGAGGAGCAUGAAAUCCUAGCAAAGAAAUUCCUGCUAAGCAUCUGGUCAGUGUUUCAUAACAUUCCCACAUGGACAUCUAAUACACCAGAUCUUACAGGUUCACUCCUUCUACUCCAUGUGAAGAAAUUCUCUGUUGCUGAGAACAAUUUUAUUUUGUAUAUUUCUGUUUUUAUUCCUUUUUAUGUUAUUAUCUGUGCAGUUAUUUGUGCAGACACUUUAUUACCUUAUUAUGUGAAAUGCACUUCAUGAGAGGUAUGUUAAUGUUAACUGGGCUGAAAUGUAAAUAUAUACACGUUUUAUUAUGUUCUAGCAAAUCUGUCACAGCCUUUACUGAUGGUUUCUAACUUUUUACAACGACUGGGUUGAUGAAACAAGGUGACCAAAAACAAGCAAUGGUUUGAUUUUAUAUGACUUCCAUUAGAGUUAAUUAUCUGAAAGUACUGAAAGUUGAAAUUGUGUAGAAAGAAAAUAUUAAAAUAUUAUUAUCACUUG